AUGCACGAUUAUUACCUUUUCCCAAGGUUCCCGGCGCGAAAGCCGAGGUCUCACUUUUCAAAAAGCACGCCGAACACCGAAGAGGAGGACUCCGUUAACAGGGGGCUAUCUAAGAACGCCCGGCUGACAUCGUCGAACGUCCCGAAAGACGCGGCCGUACACUUCGGGAACUUCUACGGUGUUCAGGAAAGUUCGAAUAAACCGCAACCAGGGAGAAUCAAGGGUUCCUUGGAGCCUGUCCCGCAGCCUGUGCGAAUCGCACCGAGAUUAGAGUUCACCAGACAGAUGGUUCACAAAUUAGAACGAACAGCGGGGACCGAUGAGUACGCGAGACAAGUGUCCGCUUUAUUGGAGGAGACGGUCGAGCCGCCGCAUUUCAGGCUGCAUUCCGUACCGCCCGAGAAUUCGAUUCCCGAUGGCAGACAGAAUCCCACGGGAUAUCCGUUGUGGUACAAGGAACCAUAUAAAAUUCCAUUCUCCUCGGACGAGAUUUACAAGAAACUUUUAAGCGAGAAAUACGAUAACGCGAAAGGGGGAAAGGACGUCUUCGACGAGGAACUCUCGGAUAAUAACUCCAGCGAGGAAUCUACCGAAGAAGAGCAAAUAGACGAUUUCUUCCAGGAUCCUACUGAAAAUAAUUUAGUAAAGAAAGUGAAAUCGAUGUUGAAUGCACUGACCAGUGCUUCGACUUCGGCUACCGAGGCGAAAGACACGGACGAUACUUCUUCCGACUCUAGAAGCGAGAAGAUUUCAUUUCAUUGUGAAUAA